UGAAGAUCACAGGCAAGAAACUUGGCCAGCAAGGAAGUUCAGCGACUGCUGUACCUGCAGACUUGGUUCCCCGAUUUCACAGUAAGGAGGCAACAUCCCACCUAGAGCUGCCACUAAUUAGAUUUCAAAGCUGGGGUAACCUGCACAGUACAGCCACCAGGCAAACAUGUCAUCUGUACAGCAGGGGUGUUGUGGAGCCCCCCAGGCAAGAGAGUGUGCUCAGAGUGAGAACUACUGGAGAUGUGCUGGACAAUAAGGCCAUAAAGAAAGAGGGGCUGUUUCUAUGGACUCAAGGGAACAGAAUUGGAUUUCAGCUGCUGCUGUUGUUGUUGUUCCGCCUGAGAGUUGUGUGUGAUUGACUGCUGCCCAGAGUACAGGAGGAGCUGCUCUCCCAUCUCCUGUCAGGAGCAGAAGACAGCCCAGAAGAAACAGGCUGAGCCACAAGUCCAGAGCUGGUCUUAAUGCAAACUAUUGGAGUGCAGGAGCGGAUUCUGUUUUCCCAAUAGAACCCUGAGUGUUCAGCUGGGAUUGGAGAAGGUUACAAAGUUUCACAGCUAAUUCCUUCAGGACUAAUUCAAGGAAGUGCUCUGGAUUUUCUCUCGUAUUCACCUGUGCCAUGAGUGGAUAUUAACCGACCAUCCUGGGAGAUAGCAAUCAGGACAGCUACCUAUGUGGAGUUUAACUUUGCUCAACCAUAAGCAACAGUGAGGAAGCAAGCUGUCAGUCAUAGAAGGAACCAUCGUGGAUUAUCUGAAGCUGGUGGAGAUGUCUAAACCUGUGGACCAUGUGAAGAGGCCCAUGAAUGCCUUCAUGGUAUGGUCCAGAGCCCAGAGGAGGAAGAUGGCCCAGGAGAACCCCAAAAUGCACAACUCUGAGAUCAGCAAAAGACUGGGGGCUGAGUGGAAGCUGCUGACAGAGUCUGAGAAGAGGCCAUUCAUUGAUGAGGCCAAGAGGCUGAGGGCUAUGCACAUGAAGGAGCAUCCGGACUACAAGUACCGGCCCCGCAGGAAGCCCAAGACCCUUCUGAAGAAGGACAAGUUUGCCUUUCCCAUGCCCUACAGCAUCCCAGGGGACCAUGAUGGACUGAAGGCAGCCAGGCUGCACGGGGCCGGGGUUCUUACCGACUCCCUGCUCUCCAACCCAGAGAAAGCAGCAGCUGCGGCGGCGGCAGCUGCAGCCAGGGUCUUCUUCCAACCCUCCGCGGCGGCAGCGGCAGCAGCAGCGGCGGCAGGAGGCGCCACCAACCCUUACUCCCUGUUUGACCUGAGCUCAAAGAUGGCCGAGAUCACGUCCUCCUCAUCCUCACUCUCCUAUGCCUCCUCUCUGGGAUACCCUCAGUCUAGUGGGGGCGCCUUUCCUGGGGUGGCAGCAGCUGCUAGUGGGGGUCACACUCACUCCCACCCCUCUCCUGGAAACCCAGGGUACAUGAUCCCAUGCAACUGCACAGGCUGGCCCAGCCCAGGACUGCAGCCUCCUCUGGCGUACAUCCUGUUCCCAGGCAUGAGUAAACCCCAGUUGGACCCUUAUCAAGCAACAGCUUAUGCAGCAGCAUUAUGACAGCAGGGCUGCCCGACCAAGGGCACUGGGAUCCCAGCUACCAGGUAUGACAUGAUGUGGGACACAUGAACUUCAUGCUAAGCCUGGAUCCCACCACUGGUGGAGUGUGGAGUGUACCACCCACCGUUUUUGGCCAUGCUGACUUAUUAUGCUGUGAAAUACAUAGGAACUAUGGAAGAGUGUGAGGUGUUAAAAUAUGUUAUCACUUCACAGUGGUCAAUUGCACAUGUCGUUUUUUUUUUUUACUUAAAGUAUCUUUAGGAGAACUGUGUACCUGUGACAUCUUCAGAUGUUCUCCUGGAUGAAACACGGUGCAAAGCUCUCUGUGGGUGCUGAAGUGGUUCUUUACAAAAUUACAAUAAUCAUUAACUAAAGCUAAAACACAACAACAAUAAAAACAUUUCAAAAAGUCAUACUUGACCUCUCGUUGCACUUCUGCUGGUGAAGUUUUGGACUUGACUUGAGCUUGAGGCUGUUCAUUUUUCAGAUACCUGCAUGCACAAGAUGGACAUAGGUAAAAGGGGGAAAAACAAAUAAACAUAAAAAAGAGGUUCUCUUCAUGCUGAAACAAUUAGUAAAAGAGGUCCUCACACCUCAAAUAUCUCUCCAGUCCCUGGUGUACCAUAAAGAGGAGAAGAUCUGGAUAAUCGCUGAUUUGCCCAAUCUGCACUCUGCUGAAACAUGGUUAGAAUUUAGAAUGGGGAUAAAACUUUGUUCAACAAGACACAUUCCAUAUCUUAUCAUUCGUGUUCUAACACACAGGAAAUGUAACUUCCCAGCCUCUCAAACUGACAACCCUUUCAAUUCAUAUAGUGAAACCUGUCGUACUGGAAAGGAACCCAGGAUCCAAAGAUCCCACUGUAAUUUUGUAAAGAUCUUGGGUCCAUGAACAAAUAUUGCUGCUCUUGUGUCCCCUACUCGAUUUAGAACGUAUCAACACAAAAACAAACAAAAAGUCCUCUUAUAGUAUGUGGCACAAAAAUGAUACAUUUGUUUUUAGCUAUUUCUAGGUUGUUUUUUUGUCCCCCCCCCCCCCCUUUCUGAUAAAAGUAUAUUUAUUACUUAACUCUGGAAAUUAUCUUUUUUCUCCUUUUUUUGUCCUAAAUGGGUCAGACUUGAGAUGUUUUGUGUAUUUUAAGAUUUGAUCAUGCCAUAUUUUUUUUUCUCAAGUUGAAUUUCCAAUUCAGUGGCAGGUUCUUAUUAUAAUUAUGCUGAUCUAAUAAUUUAGACAAAGUUUCCUUAAAAGUCAUUGUUCAGUUCUUAUCGGUUUACUUUUGUAAUGUGUACAUUUUGACUAAUAUUUGUGAAUGAAGCUGGCUAACCUGUAUUUAGUUUUAUUUUUGGCUUUCUGUAAUACAAAGUAAAAAAAAAAAUAUUGGUUCUAACAAUUUGAUUUAAAUGUCUUAUUUGUGUGUGAAUCACUGGUUUAAUAUUAGAUGACAAACAAUGUGGAUGGAGAUGUA